UUAAACGUUCCGAUUAAAUACUCCAUCUUCCCUUACAAAAACCUCCGCAUAUUAUGAUAGCAAUGUAAACUAGUUCACGUGAUAAUAAAUUAAGUUUCUUUUGGCGUGUUGUAUAUGCGAUUGCGAAUAUUCUUGGCGGAGUUUUUACCAUCAUUCUUUGGUCCUUAUAAGUUCUGAAGCUUUUUUUUUUGUCUUCAAUUUUACUUUUUUGGCAAGCUUAAUAUAAUGCGAUAUAGUUUUUAUAUUCGUCCUUAAGUUAAGUAAUGUGUGCGAAAUGAUGUCAUUCUUUUUGAAAUGUGCUUUGCGUAUUUUUUAAGCUAAAACAAAAAAAAAGAAAUUACUGUGACGAUGAUUAAGAGAAAUUCAAAUACAAAGAAGGAAUGAUAACAAGCCGGCCAGUGGAAUUAAAAUUCUCUCGUUACUCGAAAAUAUUUAUUCAUGGUGCCAAUUCAACUUAAAUAAUUUAUAUUUUUUAAGUUAAAACAAAAAAGUUGUGAAGAAAAUUUAAAAGUUGAAAAAAGGCUGAUAUCAAUACAUAUAUGUAAUAUAAAGCUAGAAGUUCAAUUAAAAUUUUCAUGAUUUAAUGAGAAAAAAAACUUAAAGGAUUACUUACUUUUCAUGGAAUAUAAUCAUACAAAUAUGGAUAUUUUACAACGACUUAUAGCCUUCGUUUUUCUUAUAGUCAUUGUUUCAACAUCCGGAACUGACCAAAGCAACGUACUUACUUUAGCUCCAUCAUCUGAUGAAAUCAGCCAUUUUGUAAAUUCUUCCUUCAUUAUAUUUUGUAGAUCUAAUAACACAGAUUUGAAACCACAAUGGAAAGGACCAUUGGGUAUAGAAAUAGAUAACUACAAAGGACGAGUACAUAUAGAAGAGAAUCCUGGCCAGCUGGCACUAGUUUUCGAACAUAUCGAUGUCAUCGAUAGAGGUACUUGGGCAUGCCGUACUUCUGAGAAUGACAAUGAUUAUUAUCAAAAGUCCUUCCAGCUCCUUGUAAAUCAGAAAAUAUCCUUUGAGGAAACGGAACCAGUGCAGUCGGUGAUGGAAAACAGAGAUGCCACAGUUUCUUGCAAAGUAAGAGGCGACCCAAAACCCACAAUAUCUUGGUACAGAAAUGGUGAUCCGAUAAAAUUUCCAAGUACAAAAUUUAAGCAAUUGUCCGAUGGACUUUUUAUUAAAUCAGUAUCUCAGGCGGACGAUGGUGAAUAUACCUGUCGGGCUUUUCAAAUAUCAGCAACAGUGACAGAUGUUCAGGAUAAAACUAUUUUACUUCGAAUUCAAAAAAAACCCCAAUGGUCCAGCAACGAGACAAUAAAUAAUUACUAUGCCUAUUUGGGUGGCUUUGUUAAUUUAUCAUGCGAAGCUGUAGCCGAACCUCCAGCAUCUUUUACUUGGAUUUAUGACAGCAAGGCAAUCAGCAGCAACAUCAAAUCCGAUUAUAGAAUAUAUUAUGAAUUGUAUAGUUCGGUUUUGGAAAUAAAUGUUAGGAAUGAAAAUCAAUUUGGUGAAUAUAAAUGCAAAGUUGCAAAUCCGCUGGGACAUCUGGAACGUACGAUUCGACUUAAAAAAGGACAUAAGCCAGUUGCACCAUCGAAAUUUCAAUUGCGACGAGUUUAUUCGGAUUCAUUUGAAUUGGAUAUCCGAUCGGUGAAGUAUACGGAUAUUCCGGAGAAUAUGAACACAAUAGGCUAUAGAGUGGAGUAUAUGUCGGAGAAUAAUUUUAAGUAUGCGGCCGGGAAUUGGAGUUUUGCUGAGAGGACAGAUUUUAAUUUUGUAAGAGGAGUUCGAUUCAUAGUAAAAGGCCUCGACAGAAAUACCACUUAUUACAUGAGAGCUGCUUGUAUGAAUUUGGCGGGUUUGAGCGAUUGGACAAAAGUUUCAAUAUUUACAACUUUAGCAAAUAGUGCAAAGAAGACAAUAGAUUUAACAAUAAACGCUUCGAUUAUUUUAAGUAUGGCUAUGAUUUUCAAUUGUUUAAAAUUAUUUUGAUAAAUUUUCUUAUUCGGUGGUCAUUGUAGUUUUCUUAUUUUUAAAUUUCUGUGAUAAAUUUUAUACUUAUUUAUAUGUACCAAAACUGAAAAUUAAUUAAUUAAUAGAAAUUCAUAAAUACAUAUUGUUAUAGAUUUUGUCUUAUUAAAUGUACCUUCAUACCCUACAUACGCCUAUGUAUAUUUAUUUGAAUUGUAUGUUAUGCCAA